AUGGCCAACGAGGCUCCAAAGCCUGCGCGAGGAGGGUUGUCGCUCUAUGCGAAUCUGCUCAACCCAAACAGUGCUACCACAGGCACCAUCUCGAGCGCUCCGGUCACGUACACGAAGCCGGCCGAAAACACACCAGAAGAUGACGCUGUUAAGAGACAGCAAGCACUCGCCGCCUCCUUGAGAUUUCAGCCCACCAAAAGACCACAACUCGCGGCGCAAAAGGCCAAAGCAAAGGCCAUUGCGGGCAAAUUUGCGACACUGUCCUCCUCUAUUGCGACCACUGCAGCAGUGCCUUCUGGCUCUGCCGACAAUGCAGCCACAGAGUCUCAUGUGCCUCAACCGAGUGCGCCAAAAACCACACUCGCAGACUGGACCGCGACCGCCGACGACGAUGACGUGAAUGAGUUCUACACCAGCAACCGCCCACAGCCGCGUGGAAACCGAAAGAAGCGCAAGAAGAACAAGGACAAUGCUGAAAUCUAUCAGAAUUGGGAUGAUAUAUAUGAUCCAAGCCGGCCAAACAACUACGAGGAGUACAAGCACAGCGAGGAGAAGAUUCGCGAGGUAAGGGAAUGGAAGGAUCUUCUCUACAGACAUCGUAUGAAGCGGCGGAGCACAAGUGAUUCUGAAGAAAAUGAUGACUCGCGCCGGCUCAUGAACAGACAGUUUGCUCCUCCGGGCAUGUCUUUUGCUCCGCCGCCGAACUUGAACGAUGAGAGCCCUCCGGCACCGCCCGCCGCGGCCUCCCCCCCUCCCCCUCCCCCGCCGGCUGACCUACCAGACGAUCCAACAGGCGAGGAUGCAUAUCUACGCCGGAUGCGGCUGACCCAGACGCAACCAGCUCAACCGCCCCCGCCUUCGCCUCCACCAGCCCUCGAGAAUCCUCCACCUGCUCAGAUCUCCCGAGCUCCCGUUCGUUACAAUCUGCCCUCUGCUCCUGAGGAGAUUCCUGCUUCUGAAGCUGAGCUGGCCGAGAAGCUCGCCGUAUCAGACCAAGCAGCCGAUGACGGUUCGGAUGAACCGAAAUCAACGCGUCCUGGACAGAAGGGAUUUGCGGAACGUUUGAUGUCAAAGUACGGCUGGAGCAAGGGCCAAGGCUUGGGUGCUCAAGGAACAGGAAUUGUCAAUCCACUGUACGCCAAGGUUGACAAACGAAAAAAGAAAUCCGACGCCGAGGGUGGGGGAUAUGCUACUCCUGCUGGCACGGGCAAGAUUUUGGGUGGUCACAAACCCAAGUCUGCUCAAGCAGACGAAGAAGGCAAAUUCGGCGCCAUGUCAGAAGUCGUCCGGUUGGAGGGCAUGCUUAACGGCCUGGAUCUGGACGAGGAGCUGGAUCAGGAAGAAGGCGGCAUCAUGCAAGAGAUUGGUGAAGAAUGCGGUGAAAAGUACGGCAGCGUCCAGAGAGUCUACAUCCACCGCCCUGAGAGUGAAGAGGGCGAGGCGCUGGUGUUUGUGCACUUUGUGAGCCAGCUCAGUGCAUUGAGAGCCGUCAAUGCAUUGGAAGGGCGCAUCUUCAACGGCAACGCCAUUAAAGCGAGGUUCUGGCCGAAGGAGCGUUUUGACCUGGGAGAGUACGACUAG